GCCGUGGCUGAGUGGAUUGUCUUUGUCCUGUCUGUGGUGGGAAGCCGCUAUGUGGGGCAUGUCAACGAACAGGCUGACAUGUCCAUGCUCGAGCGGAUGUGGCAGCGUGAGGAGCAGCAGAGACGGGAGAUGGCUCGGCUGCUAGACGAGAUGGAGCACAAGGUGGCUGUUGAGGAAGCCACGCUCUCCACUGUGUUCCAGCAGUGGCAUAUCUGGGCCAUUGUUGGAGCCUUUGUCCUGCUCUGUGGGCUCUGCUGGCUGGCCAGGCGAAGGAAGACAAAGCCUGCCAGAAGCAGAAAGGAGCUCAGCUCGAGCAGUGAGGAGGAGGGGGAAGAGGACAACGAGGAAAAACUCCGCAGUGGUGCACGGCGUGCUUUCAGGUCUUCAGCAAAGCGCACCUUUAGGCCCAUGCAAGAAUUGACCAUCGUGUGCAAGGAGCUAGUAGGAGACCUCCUCUGCGUCAGCCAAGCACUUUGCAGGAAUAUUUUCAUGCCACAGCUGCAGCUAGCCACGGGGACGCAUAGCCCCUACAACGGCUGGAGUCUCCAGGAGGAUGGCUUAUUCUACCGUGUGCAUGUGUUCCUGGAUCCACCUCCCGGCUUCUCCUUCCUGCUCGAAUUGGACCCCACAGGGCAGCGGCCAGCAAGGCAGCCUGAUGUCCGUCUGGAACUGAAGUGCGUGUGCUCCAGGGAGAGGCUGCUGGGGGAUGUGAAGUGCAUCCUCCACCAUCCCAAUGACAACCUGGGGAAGAAUCAGGCCUCACAUCUCCUACACACCCUCUGCACCCAGUCCUACCUAGACACGGAGAAAGUCGCCUCCUGGGUCCAAGUGCUGGUGAAAAAGGCCUGGGUGCUUUUGCCUAUGUCGCACCACUGCCAGCUAACGGUGCUGCCCUCCUCCCACUCCUGCAAGUUAGAGCUGACAAACGCCUCCCAGAGGACCAUCUUCAUCGAGAUGAUUUUUGCCACAACCAUCCUGCUCAACCUCUCGCAGUACCUGGUGCUGGAACCAGCUGCCCAAGCCCAGGUGCUGCACAAGUUCCAGGAGCUACAAGACCAGCUCCAAGUGUUGUUUUGA